AGUUCCAUCAACUCCAGGAGGGCAUUUCACCAUCAAUAGGCAGAGCUAGUUUGCAAAGCUUCAGUAAGGAAAGAGUGAAAAUGGAAGAGAAAUUGAAAGCAGCAUCAAAUUAUGACAAGGCAUUGUUGCAGAGUAAGGAGCUGUAUCAGUACAUUUUGGACACAAGUGUGUACCCAAAUGAACCAGUGCCUCUUAAGGAGUUAAGAGAAGCUUCUGCAAGCCAUCCAAGGUAUUGGAUGGGCACUGCACCGGAUGCAGGUCAACUGAUGGCAAUGCUACUGAAGCUUAUCAAUGCUAAAAGGACCAUUGAAAUCGGAGUCUUCACCGGAUACUCUCUUUUACUCACUGCCCUAACAAUUCCUGAGGAUGGCAAGAUAAUAGCCAUAGAUGUCGAUCGCGAGGCUUAUGAAAUGGGAUUUCCCGUUAUCAAGAAGGCCGGCGUAGAGAACAAAGUCGACUUCAUUAAUUCCGAGGCUCUGCGAGCUCUAGACGAUUUAAUGGAAAAUCCUGAUAACGAGGGGAGCUUUGACUUUGCCUUUGUCGACGCAGACAAAGUCAGCUACUUGAAUUAUCAUGAGAGGUUGAUGAAACUGGUCAAAGUGGGCGGACUAGCCAUCUAUGACAACACCCUCUGGAGAGGAACAGUUGCCAUGCCCGAAUCUGCAGUUGGAGAGAAAUAUAAGGAGGGUCGGAAUUGGCUGAUUGAGUUCAACAAAUUACUGGCCAACGAUGCUCGCGUCCAAAUUUGUCAUGCUUCGAUAGGUGACGGGAUGACAAUCUGCUGGAGACUUCACUGAGUUUUUAUACUUCGACCCCCACAUAACUGUUUCUUUCAGCAAGGAGAUCGCAUACGCCAUAACUACUUAUAUCUUUGGCAUGUUCUUGUCUUGUAUAUUGUAAUA